CAAAAAACCACGUGACUGCACCUGUGGUGCGCGUUCUUUUCGAAGCAGGUGAAGGAGUUAAACGAUCAACUCACAGCUUCUUGUUCCCAAAAAAAACAGUUUCAAAUCAGUUUCCUUGCGAUCAACAAGCACAAGUAACAUAAGAAGAAAGAAUACGUAUCUGGAGAAUCUCAACCGAAAUAUCUUUAUAGAAAUGUCCUCAACUGCUCGCCCAAAGUCACAGCAGGCAUCUCGAGGAAAUGAUCUGAAGAAGCUUAAAGCUGAAUAUGGAACACAACUCUCGACGCUACGGGAGUUGUUUUCGGACUGGUCUGAUGAAGACUUGUUAUACGCUCUUCAGGAUGCUGACGGCGAUCUAGAGCUUGCUGCUCUUCGAAUCAGUGAAGGCUGGGCUAAUCAAUGGGAUGAAGUUAAAGGCAAGAAAACAAAAAAAGAAACCCCUCAAAAACAAAAGCCAGUGGCUACCACAGACAAUCAACGACCAGCAAAGGCAGAGCGAGGCGUCCCCUCAGCCAGGGGCGGUUUCGGUGGACGAGGACGAGGAUCAACGAGAGGGGGUCGUCCUGGAAACUUUGGUGAUAGAGGUCGAGGUGGAAAAUCAGGCAAAGCAAAUCGCAAUAGCCAGGCUAUAACCGAGCAAGAUCAAUCUGUCACUGAUAACACUACUUGGACCGAUGCUACAAACCCAGCCCAAGCUACAGUUCCCACAGAGGCGUCCAAUGUUUCGUCAUCUACUGCCGCCGCCCAAGCUCCGACUUCAUGGGCUAGUUUACUAAAGGCACCUCCAGCACCAGAACCGGUCAAGGAGGAACCUCCAGCUGUGGAAGAAAAGAAAGAGCUCGAGAAUUCUGUUGAACAGGAGGUUACUAUCCAGCCUGUGGAAUCAAAGCCAUUGGAGGAGGCCGUUGUUACUCAGAGUAAUGAAACCGAAACCCCUAGUGUAGAAGUCGUUGCUGAGCAGGUCGACCAAAUGGUAGAAGUUGUCCCAGAGCCGGUAGCAUCUACCCCGAAGCAAAGAACACCCAUUGGCCGUCGUCUCAGGCAAGAUGUGCCAGUCGUACUUCCUGGAGGAAGUACAGGGUUGGGAAGCGUUGGAGUUCGUUUUGGCAACUUGAAUUUGGCCGACGGCGAUGCUGAAAUAGAAGCGGAAGAGCAACUUAAGGACGAUAGCAGCAGCUUGGCUGCAAAGGAACCUGAAAAUGUUGCCGCUACCAACGCAUCUCAGCUAGCUGAUAAUGCUCGACAAACGGGUGUGCCAGUUCAGCAAGCAUAUGGGGACAGUCGUUUGUCCCAAACGCCAUCUGGACUUGCCGACCAAGCUGCCAAUUUUGGACCUGGUUUCGGCAGUAACUCAUACACUAAGGCAGAACAGCAACAACCACAAGCGUAUGGUCAACCUAAUCAAAGCUUUGGUCAAACAACAGGAGAGCAGCACGCCAACCCAUACUCUUACUUACCUAAUCCCAAUGGAUUGUCUGGCUAUGGUAUGAACCCAAUGGCAUCGGUUCCCGAUUACGCCAUGUAUGGCACUGAAGCACAACGUGCUGCUAUGGGCUAUUAUGACCCCACGGUGCUGCACCAUUCCCCAUCCAACCCACCAGCAACCGCUUAUCAAUCCCGUGACAAAUACACUCAGGAUACAAACAACGCAACUUCCCAACAGAGCGGACCCGCCGCUGGCAGCAACCCUACAGUACAAGCACAGCAUGCCUAUGCCAAUAUGCCAUACUAUCCAUACUAUUACAUGCCUAACCAAUUCCAAGGCUAUCAGCAACCAGGCUAUGGUCAACCCUUUGUCAAUAAGAACAUGUAUCCCAUGUAUCAGCAUGGCAACAAGCCCAAUGGAACCUCUCCUUAUGCUGCUGGAGGAUCACCCUACCAGCAUCAUUACUCACCUGCUGCAUCCUACGAUGAUAUGAAUGCUCUUCAUCAACAGCAGCUUAGUAUGGGACAGGACUAUCAAAAGCAUUAUGGUGGUGGGCAACCAUUGCAAAACUACAUGGGCCAACCAUCGGCCCAAGGUAGCCAGGGUCAACAAGGUGGCAAGAAUGAUUUGAAUAGCCAGUAUGGAAAGUCUGGAAAUGGAGCACAAGCUAACAAUGCUUAUUACAACUCGUCUACGUACCAAAACUACUCACAACAGCCUCACCGACAGCCUCAUUCCCAGCCACAGUCUGGUCAGCCACAAGGUGGUCAGGGAACUCAGGGCCAACCACCAUAUUGGACGCAAUAAUCGUCGUCUUUUCUUCUCUUCUUUUUCCUUUUCUCUUCCUCGCCAUUGUACUUAUUUUUCCCUCAUCUGCGCUUUUGAAAAUUUAUAAAGGAGAAAAAGAAAAACUUUCGUCCAAAACCAUCUCUUCUACAUCCCAUGUUGCCU